AUGGGAAUGUCGACUGUCGACGCUGGAGCAACGUCGCUCCUUCCAAAAUCAGGCAAGUACUACGAGAUUCAGCGCUUCUCCCAGCCUUGGUCACCGUUCGUUUACAAUCAACAUGGAUACGCCUCGGUAGUAGGUCCCGUACGCACAGCCAGCGUUAACUUCGCCGGCCGCGGAUCUGGUCGUGCUCGUGAGCACCCCCUCCUGCGCUCAGAUAGACCCGCUUGGGUCAGCAUCUCCGAGAUUGUUCGAGACGCCGUCGCGCGUUUGCCCAACGGUGAGGGCACGCGACCGGAAAUCGCAAUGCUCGUCCAGGAUAGUGCCUUUCUGGCGCCUAACUUCAACCCCCGCCAGCUCAGUCAGUGCAUCAGCUCUGCACUAGAUAGGCUACAAGGUGAAGGUACACAGUCGCCCGUAAUGUACGACUGUUCGCGCCGUUUGUGGAUUUACCGCUAUCGCCACUUGUCACCUGGAGACUUCUUCAAGAUGUACGAGGAGGAGAUGACUGUACGAGCGGAUCGUUUCAAUGAUAUGAUGUACACUGCCUCGUCUGCCUCGUCCACCUACGCUGGAGGACGUCGGGGUAGACCAUCAGCGCUGAGCUGGCCCCCAACCAGUUUCGAAAACCGUUUACCCGAUUAUAUCCCAGACAUUGACGAACUGACGACCGUGGACGAUCCAUUUUACUACGGACAUCAGGAUAUGAACGCGCGUAGCUACGGACGACAGCAGCAUGGCCGGCCGGCGGACGCUGAUGCCUUCUACGAAGGGGAGGAGUCAGACGACUCUGGCUCACGCGAGCUGGACGACGAAGACUUCGCCUUCUCUAGUCAGCAGCAGUCUCGAGGAGGACCU